AUGGGCUGUCGAGACGAUCAGAAAGUUUCUAUUUUAAUAUCGCUUUAAAUGAAGACUGCUGAUGAGAUUUAGUUAUUUCUCUUUAAAUUGGUUACCGCCUACAAGUUUAUCUAAUGGAGGAAAUAAAUUCGUGCCGCUGCUGCUUAAUGCGGCCGCCAGACAAGCAUUUGAAUUCGCCGUAUACUCGGCUCGGCCAAACAGAGAUAUACGCGGAUAUGCUAAAAGAGUGCUUCGAAAUACAUUUACCCCUCGGUGACAACAGUGAGUGUGGUAUAUGUGAGAUAUGUGUGAGCCGCUUGCGGGACGCCAGUGAUUUCAAGCUGCAGGUGCAGCGCUGCCAGGUGGAGCUUCAGACGCGGCUCACCAGCCCACUUAAAGGUGAAGAGGCACUAAAAGUGAAAAUGGAGAUGUCUGAUGAUGAUGAUGAUAAUGGAGCAUAUAUAUUGCAGCUGAAGGAAGAAAUGUCAGACUACGAGGAGCUGAAAGAAGAGGACGGCAAGCUGGCCGAGCUGCUGGCCUUCGAGCAGGUCACCGUCAAGCGGCGCAGGACCAGCUCCUCCAAGACAGAACGAAAAUCCCGAAAAAUUCUGUCACGACCAGCGCUCACACUUUCUCUUCGUCAGCUCUCGAAAAUGGAGAAAAUCAAGAGCCCCAUCGAAGACCGCGCCGGCCACGUCAGCGAGAGCCGGAAACACAGGCACAAUAUAGAAAAUCUACUCAAAUACUGCAAUGGGACUCCGUUCUCCAACAAAACGUUAUAUGGCUACAUAUGCGCGUAUUGCAAAGAGACAUACCCAGACCCACAAGAUUUGAGAACCCAUACGGAAUCUGAACAUAAAAACGCAGAGUUUUACGACACAAAAAGAAUGGACAAAAAUAAUAUGUCAGUCAAACUGGAUAUAACUGAUCUUAAAUGCAAUCUUUGCAACGAUAGAUUCGAAGAUGUAGCGACUUUGAAGAAGCAUUUGAUCAAACAACAUGAUAUAAAGUUUCACCCAGAUGUAAAAGAUUACAUCAUGGAGUUUAAGCUCACUUCAGGCGAUAUAUUAAACUGUGCUCACUGUAAUUCAACUUUUGAGACAUUUAAAAUGCUUCUUCAACAUAUGAACGGCCAUUACAGAAACUAUAUUUGCAAUGUAUGUGAUAUGGGCUUCAUAAAUAAGCACAGAUUGAAAAAUCACGAGCGUACGCACGACCUAGGCACGUAUAAAUGCGAAUUUUGCGAUAAAGUCUUCAGUACGAGAGUUAGAAAGAUGUGUCACGAGAAAUAUACUCAUAAUAGUAACGCUAGAUAUACUACUAACUGCCCACAUUGCGAUCAAAGCUUCACAAGCUAUUACCAAAGGAAUAGACACAUGUUCACUGAACACAACACGGUCGCAGCUUCAUACAAAUGCAAUAUAUGCGAUAAGAACUUCAUUUUGAAAUCAAAAUUGACAUCCCACAUUAAGAAAGUACAUUUAAUGGAACGGAACCAUAUUUGUCCGGAGUGCGGGCAAGGGUUUUUCAUUAAGCAAUCGCUAGACGAGCAUAUGAUCAAGCAUAAUGGAGAACGGGUGCACAAAUGUAAUGUAUGUAUGAAGGCCUAUGCUAGGAAGAAGACUCUCCGGGAGCAUAUGCGGAUACAUAAUAAUGACAGGCGGUUCAAGUGUGGUGUGUGUGGGUUGGCCUUUGUGCAGAAGUGUAGUUUGAAGAGCCAUAUGUUGUCGAAUCAUGGGAUAACGCUGUCGGAGUUUGAGAGUCGGGAACUGAGUAGUCCGCAGGCCACAUAAGCUUUAGUCCUACCUCAACGGGCCAAGCUAUCUUUACAUAGACUGUGACAGAGUGUGUAACACCACAAACAAAUUCCUAUGCUUAGAAACAAACGAAAGUGGAAAAACUCAGGCGAGCGGAGAAGAAUAAGGAAUAUUAGGCAAAGCUCUGCGUAUGUGGUACCAUUAGCACAUACAGUAAACAAACCUCAAUGACAUCAUCAAUGACACAUCACACGCCACGUCAAUCACAUGGCCUACCGCGAAACACGACAAUCGAAAGUUCGGUUUCUGCCUCUCUAUCACUCUUGUUUAUUCGAUCGAUAGAGAGGCAGAUAAAGAAAUCCCGAUUGUCGCGUUUCGCGGUAGGCCACCUGUAAACAAACCGCCUUGGUGCAUCAAUGUCAUAGUGAAAACUUGUCAAAAACUGUUUAAGGCCUAGUAUGUAAAAGUUACUCUAUGGUUUACUAAACAAAUUAGUGCUGCACUCUGGCGGCAGAACAUUGCAGUAAUACUCCCUAUUAUUAUACUUUUGCGGUGGAUGUUGCUGGAUAUGGUGGAAAUACGCGUUGUCAAUGGUCUUGGUAGCUUAGUAAAGCGAUGGGCACGUAUCCCGGAGUCGCGAGUUUCAAGUCUGACCCUCAGUGAGUUUUCCCACUUUUUAUUUAUUUCUAAGUCUUGUGCUAUAGUUUGCAGACUUUUCUGCUUAAUACGUUCCUAUGAAAAUAUAGGAAGUUUAUAGUGGCAUUCCACACUUUGUCACAUCAAAGUUCGUGCAGAGUUAGCUUAGACGGGACACUGUUGUAGAAAAAUCGAAUAAAUAUUUAAUUAUUGUGAAUUAUAUAAUACUUGUAUUAAAUGCUUGCCUCAUACUGUAAGUAAGAUAGACAUGAAAAUGAUAAAGAAUGACAAUGUUGAAGAAAAUGUUUUGAAAAUAGGAAGGCGCAUAUUUUUGUUUUUAUGUUGCCUAUUUGGCACUAGGUAUAGUAAUUGCGUUAUUUUUUUACUGUUAUUUUCAUGUGAAAAUGUUUGACUUACAAUUACGUGACACUGUUAAUCGAUUUAAUCAUGAAAUUUAAUGACACUUCAUUAAAAAUGUAGCUAAAGAAAAAAUAUCAUAGAGAUAUAAUUAAGCUGACCUGUCACCGCAUACAUGAGAAUAACAGCGCCCUCUUGACAUUAAUCAUAUAUUUCUGGACGGGCUUUAUUAUCAUUUGUGUUAUACAUACAUACAUCACUGGCUCAGUGACCCAAAGAGGAUCUUGGCCUCUGACACAAGAGAGCGCCAUUCUGCCCUAUUCUGCGCCACUUCACGCCAGUUGGGUAUUCCGAGGGCGGACAGGUCUUUUUGGGCUUCGUCACUCCAGCGGCGUCUG